AUGAAGGAAGAGCAAAGCUGUGAGGAGACGCAGGCGACUCGGGAGGUCAAGGAUCUGUUCGAAAAACCUGCUCAAGAAGAGGAGGAUGCCCCGGAGAAGCACGACGAGAUGAAAUACGUCGAUGUGGAGUUAGCUGAUGUUAACACAGGCGAGGCAAAACUGGAGAAAGACUGCUGCUUUGGUGAAGGAAACCAAAUGUCCGUCCUUAUUAACAGCGGUGUCGCCGAGGAUCUGCGCGCAACGGAACCAAAACUGUCGAUCAAAAUCAAUAUUGCGACUAACAAGACAGAGGAUUCCGAAGUUGGGAAAUGUACACAAGAUGUCAAGGAGGGUCCUUCUGAACCGUCCUCGUUAUUGGAUCCCCCCUGUAAUAACGCAAAGUCAGGGAAUCAACCCAAAUCAGGAGACAAAGGCGAGCGCGUAAUUACGCAAUUGUCCAAAACAGAAGAGAACCCAAUCACGCCCAGAGGUGAGGGGUUACCCUGCAGUGACACUGAUCAGUGGAGGAGUGAGGAUGAUUAUGAGGAGGAUGAUGAUGUUAGUUUGGUGCUUUCAUACGCCUGUGUCCCGUGCGUCACGGAGGAUGAGUCCCAUUACAUUACCACGCACGAGAUCCAGCUCUCCGAGCUUUCCGACCACGAGGAGGACUACGACCUCGGGGUGGCCUCCUCCGGCUGCUGGGACAUUGAGGAUGACUACCAGGUGUACUCUUUUGUCAAUUAUGCUUCUUUUGAGGGCGAUGAAGAGGAGGGGGGCCGGGGCUCGCGCGGCCCCGCAGCAGGAGUCAGCACUAUGCUUGAAAGUGAUCUGUGCGACGCGGCCAAGUUCCCCAGCUCAGAUGAGAGUGUGUCAAAGCCCCAGCAGCAGCAGUGCAGUGGCAACAGUGCGGGACAGAUCCACCUGUCAAUCAGAACCACUCGAGCUAUAAAUGACCCUAGCAACAUCCAAGAACAGGGAAACAUCCUUUAUCAUGCCAGCCGCUCCGGGGACACGAGUCGGUAUGUGUUUAGGGGAGUUGACGGGAAGUCGGAGACGUUAUGUGACAGGGCAAAGUGUUUCAUAGCCGCGCCCGGACGCUUGCACUUUGGCCGCAGAUUGAGGGGGAAAGAGGUCACCGAGGUUUCCAGCGGUGCGUCCAGCGCUGUCAGCGAGCUGGACGACGCUGACAAGGAGGUGCGCAACCUGACAGCCAAAUCCUUCAAGAGCCUGGCAUAUCCUUAUCUUGACGCCAUUAAUUUCAGCACAACAAGUGAAUCAUCAUCAGAACAUGGGAAAGGGAUAAACAGGUGGUCCACUUUUGUCGACCUGAAAUAUGGCAAUAUGAAUAUGUCAAAGGGACAGGAUAAAAGUGUGCUUUCCCAUCAAAACUCAUCGGCCUCAUUUGAAUUAGCCAAAAAUAUAGACAAUAGAGGUUAUAAGGGCAUUGCACUUGCAAGCAUCAAACCGCCCACCAGCAAGAUGUUCACUCUGAAUGGCAACCCCCACAGCGCAUCGUCAUCUACAAAGCAAAUAGAGCUGAUGGGGGAAUUCAGUAAGGGCCACGGCGGACUGAUAACACUCACAGAGACUCUGAAUUUUCGGUGCAAUGUGAAUUCGGGAAUGUCUGAGGGAGAAAUGCACACUAACUUUGCACAAAAUGCGGCAGGAUCACGUUCCACAGAUGAAGUUACCAACAGUUUGCCAAGCGGCAAGGGGAGAGGGGCCAGCAAGUCACCCUGCAAAACCAUGGAAGACACACACAAGAAAGCCAUAUUCGCCUCGAGUCUGAUCAAAAAUGUGAUUUCUAAGAAGAUGCAGUUUGAACAGGAGCGCAAGAUGGAAAGAGGGGAGAUCCGCGAGGCGCAGGAGCAUGCAGCGGGCUUUGCGCACCAGGAGAGCGACAGCUUCAGGGGGAAGGGAGGCAGGGAGCUGCACACACAGAGCUCCAGGUUCUCCGAGAGCAGCUCGGACUACACCAUAAUGUGUCUGGAUGAAUUAGGAGACAUUGUGGACAGCGGCUCAUGUGAUACCAAAAGCGACUCAAGACGCCGGGACGCGACCGCAUCCGCUCCAGAAACUAAUUUGGACCCGGUAAAUGAAGCUGGAAUCGAUACUAAAAAAGGCGCAUUGGAAGUGCCCAAAAGUACGCUGCUUCGAAGCCAAAAUAGCGCAUUCAGAUGCUGGAAGGACGAGGAGCUAGAGUUUCAAAAGGAUCAUAAAAACGAUCAAACUCUGGAGAAGUCGCCGUCAGUUUACGAGAAAGAGGGCGAGGGGGAUCAGUACUCGGCUGGCAGCGGGAAACUGACUAAAAUGUCACAUUUGUUUGUGCCAAGUAUCCAACUGCUGUCCAGUGACGGAGAAGAAGGACAGCAGCUGCGGAGCAGGAGUUAUUCCCCAUAUGGAGAUGAAGGAGUGAUCCAAGAACACUCUGAUAACAAGUUAUACAUCGCUGAUUCCAGGAAUGUGGGCAAAUCUAAAUCUCCGGAAAUAAAAAUUAAGUUAAGGAGCUUCAGAGAAAAUACAACGGAGCAUUUCGGCGUCUCCAAGCUGCGCGCCCCUAAUAUAGGCUGUAACGCAGCCAACCUCGGCAGAACAGAUGACUUCAAAUGCCACGAGCUGGCUGCGGCUUUAAAGGGUGAGUCGUCGGAUAAAGUCCCGCAUUUCAUGGUUAGAGACAUUAGAGAUAAUAAAUCAAAGUUGCAAACGCCCAUACACCAAGUGAGAGACGUGCGUAAAUUGGUUAAAAGUUCGUAUCACUUUGUUUCUUUGGAUAACAACGAAAAUAAAUCAAACUUUCUAUCCGCUGACACCCAUUCAGAGCAACAUAAGCAAAUGUCCAAUCGAAAUCCUAAUUCGAUGUCCCCUAUAGUUAUCAAAUGCCAGUCUGUGAACACAAAUAAUAACGGAAAAUAUUCGGAAAAUACGGAUUUAUUUAAACGGGAGCAGUUUGACACAGACAGGUCGUCUCCUGAGGGUGCGAAACAUGCUCCUCUGCAGAUGGCAGCAGGGAGAGCAUACAUGGGCAACCUGAGUCAUUCCUCAGAAGGAGAUAUUGCAUUGAGAAGUGAAAGCAGAACUCCUUCAAAGAAGCAAGAACAAAUUGCAGAUAUCAUAGAUAAGAAACCUGAAUCAAAAAUACGAAAUCAGGGGCCUUUGGAAAAACUCCAGGCUGCUGUGAAAACCAUGGAACAGCUCUAUACGUAUGACAAAAAUGAAUGGAAAAGGAAGAAUGAGUCCCAUGUCCUGGCAGACAGACAUGUGCUUUCGAUGAUUGCCAGUGGAGACCAUGGGGGACCUGAGGAGGAUGCUGGGGGGUCCAACAUGGACAAGACAGUCAGAAGAGACUCCUUUCCCAACAAUGACAAGCCGCCUCCAGUGAUAUCUGGCCCUGACAGCCUGCUGAGGUCCAUGCAAGGUAACAGCACAGCCGCAAACAUGUUCAGCCUCAACUCCAGCCUUAAGGCAGCCGCGUUGGCAAAGCAAAACUCCAUACCUUUCAGCCACAAAAGCUUUGUCCCAAAAUCUCCCAAGCUUCCUGUUUCCUUAAAAAUCUGCCCUAUGUAUCUACGUGGAAGUGAAGAAGCUCAAUCAAAGGAGGAGAGGCCCGCACGGGAGUUCCUGAACGCCUCAGUUGACAACGAGAACUACCUUACCAUUCCGGUCAAGACUCACGCCAGCAUUAACAAACAAGCAUCGUCUGCUGAUAAACCUUCAGUGUACACGUAUGCCCCCCAGAAACAACCGACCCCUCCUUCAGGACCUUUGGGAUCAUUUGUGGAAAACCACAACCAGAACGCACAGCGCUCCAGCAUGGUGAUGGACACACGCUCACCAGAGGUUUCCCCUGCAACCAUCUACCACUCUCUACCAAUGGGCAUGUCCAUCAGUCAGCCUCAGGUGUACUGCUUUUCUCCAGCCAUCACCCCAGCUCCUAUCAUGGACCCCUUCCAAGCCACCCAGAGGAAGAUGCUGCUAGAUCCCACCACUGGAAACUACUACCUGGUGGACACUCCUGUGCAGCCGGCCACUAAGCGCCUCUUUGACCCUGAAACAGGCCAGUAUGUGGACGUGCCCAUGCCUCAAGCUCCUAUGACCCCGGUGCCAAUGCCCAUGUCACCUUUGGCGCUCAGUCCAGGAGCUUACGGACACCACUACAUGAUCUACCCCGGCCUAAUGUCCUCACCGUCCCUCAUCCCGGCCCGGACCCUGGUGCAGUCCCACAUGUCGGUGCACUCGGAGCCGGAUAGCGGAGACAAAGCCUUGUCCCAGCAGCCUGAGGGUCUGUACAUGGAGAGCCCCUUCUACAUGGCCACAGGAAAGUUCCCCCACGCGUCCUACGGGCCUCCACAGCAGGCCGCCGCCCACAGGCAGCCGCAGGGCUUCUCCAGCGCCAUGCAGCCGCUCAUCAGCAUCAGCUCCCAGCAGGGGCCCCGCAUCAUCGCCCCCCCCUCGUUCGAUGGGACCACCAUGAGCUUUGUGGUGGAGCACAGAUGA